CUCGCAAAACGGAAGGCUAACCGAUUGGAAACAACCCUUUUGCUUCCUCGGUAUUUGCAUCGACGCGCCUCAGAAGCAAUCGCCUUGCAACAAUCUAAGGCCAAAGGGAACGACCGACACAGCAACCUAAUCGGAUCAGACGCGUGAACGGACGUAGCGGCGGCGAGCGCAAAGCAACAGGGAAAAAAGCAACAACAGGGCACCACACUCUCAAUGUGGCCGAAACUCGCAGUGGCCGGCGCGCUGCUGCUUAUACAAGGCGCCAAUGCCAAUGAUUGCGCGUUCACAGUGAGUGUAUUGGACAUCCCGGGUGUACAGUGCGUCCAGUCGGCACCGUGUUCCGGAACGUAUUACGCGUCGGGACUUUCGCAGGGCGUAGGCGCCUGCCCUUCCGGAACGAACUGCGCGCUGCUACCGGAGACGCCCAUCAUGGGUUGCGCAGCGGCUGGACGCACGGAUCUCAUUUACGUAAACGCGGACGGCUCGUUGACAAAGGACGGAAGGUCGGUGACGCUCUCGGGUGCGUCUUCAGAUACGGCAGAUUCGACCACGACCGCGCCCACCACUAGUAACACGGACAGCACCGCAAGUAGCAACUCGAAGAGCACCAGCAGCUCCUCUACCGCGAACAGUAGCAACGGAAGCAACGCCAGUUCUUCCACUGCCAACAGUAGCAACGGCAGCAACGGUAGUCAGGGCAGCAAUGCCAACUCCGGGUCUGCUGGCUCCUCCACUACGUCGGGCUCAGACGGCUCGGAUGCAACUGCGGACAGCAGUAACUCGACGUCCACUUCCGCCUCAUCGGCGGCCAACUCCAGUAGCUCCGCGUCAGGGUCGUGGCGUUCGGAUUCCGGAUCUGGCAGCGUGGUCAUCUCGCCGGGCAGCAGCUCGGCGAACCAGCAAUCGUUCAACCCCGGGUCCAUUCUAAGCGACAGCUCCAACAAGUCUAAGUCUGGAGGUGAUGGUGGCCUCGGUAUCGGCUCUAUCAUCGCCAUCGUCGUGGGCUGUUUAGCGGUCGUAGCUAUUGCGGCCGGCGCGCGGCUGCUGAGGAAGGGCAAGGAGGCCGAGAUGGCAACACCGGAAGCGCCGGGUGCGAUGGAGGGCUAUAAUAACGGCGGCGGCGGCGGCGGCGGUGGCAUGACUCCCAAGGAGAACGUGCUGCUGCUCUAAGUUAUGGCCGGAAAGAGAGACUCUUCAAACAGACAGAGGAGAAUACAGUGACUGUG